CGUGUUGAGUGGAGAGUGGGAAUAUUGAACUCUUUUAUCUGGGACCUUUUCCCCUCACUGGGUGUGCACAGAGGUAGCAGCGUGUCUGGAGAGCUGUGGUUCAGGGGGUCCAGAUGGCAGACACGAGAAGUUCGGCCUGCAGUUGAAUCUGUCUCUAGAGGUCAGCGAGCCUCACACUUCAACUGGACACAUUCCACAGGACGUGUGCCCAUGAGGUCGUCGCCACUGGUCCUGCUCCUCCUGAUUGGCGUCCAGGCUGUACUGAACAUGGAAGGAGGAGGGGCCCUAGGUCCCGGGGCGGCCAAUCACAGAUCAGGACAGCAGCCCACGGCAGCUGGGGACCGCCUCUCCGAGCGCCACGCCCUACAGGACAAGAAAAGCAGCCACCAGAGGGGCAGGAAGGCCCACAGGACCUCUGCCUCGCCGGCCCAGGACAGGAGCUCAUCACUGGGCAACCCUAACCUUGACACCCCAUUAGACUCCUCCAUCCCUGAGGUGGACCCUAAACUCUUCAGCAAGCGGCGCUACCGCUCCUCACCGCGCGUGGUCUUCAGCGACACGGCCCCCUCGCACAGCGUCUGGGAGGGGGAGGAGGCGGGGGCCGGCACGGGGGGGCCAAGGGGGGCCCGGGUGAGGCGGCAGGCGGGCAAACAGAGAAAGUACAGUGAAAGCCGGGGCGAGUUCUCAGUCUGCGACAGCAUCGACGUGUGGUUGAGCAACUUGACGCGUGCCACAGACAUCCGAGACCAAGAGGUGAUAGUCCUGCCCAGCAUCAAGAUCGGCAACGAAACAGUCAUGAAACAGUUCUUCUUUGAGACCACCUGCCGGACCGCGUCCACGCUCGGCGGGCCCGCCGCCGCCACCGCCGCCGGGGGGAAGGGCCAGGGCGGGGGACGGGGGGCCAAGGCGGGGGGAGGCUCCAAGUCGGGUUGCCGUGGCAUCGACAGCCGCCAUUGGAACUCCUACUGCACCAACACACACACGUACGUCCGCGCGCUCACCACCUUCCGCAACCAGACGGCGUGGCGUCUGAUCCGCAUCAACGCUGCGUGCGUCUGCGUGCUCAGCCGCAAGUACUGGAGGCACUGACUGAAGCGAGGUCGUGCCCCCCUCCGCCCCAACCACCACACCCACCCUAACCCGCGUGGUGUCACCCGCCCCCCCCCCCCCUAACCAGCACACAUUCCCUUCAACGAGCCACUGCAGCUUGAUUGCCAAUACGAUACCAUCUCCCCCUUCCCCAAACACACACACACUCAAGCCACUCUCAAACACACACACACACACACACAGUGACCACAGCCUUCACUUGUGUGCUUCAAUCCACCCCCUCACUCCCUCACCCCCGCCCCUCCAAUUUCAUUCACACCCAAUUCUUGACCCUACCCACCCUACCUCAGUCUGUAAGAUCCUGGUUGUUUUAAGUUAUGAGGACUGCAUGUCAUAUUUAUAUAGUCAAAUAUAAAAUAUAUAUAUAUAUAAAUGUGUAUAUACAUUAUGGUUUCAAGCUUAUGUUGUUGUUGUUGUGUUGUUAUUGUUCUUGUUGUUCUUGUUCUUGUUGUUGAUGCUGUUAUUUAUUAAACACCUCAGUACAUGCAAGAGCUGUUGUCCUGCUCUGACCAUGUUGUUGCUCGGUAAAAACAUCAUCACUCUAGGAAAACAACACUUGAUACAGCCGACAGACAACUGAUGGUCAAGUUUAAUCUUGAAACUCACAAAAACAUGUGACCCUACCUCAGGGUACUGUAUCCUGACUAACUCACCAGCUUGGAUGCAGGGCAUUUAUUCAGCGCUUUCUGUUCUAAUAGCACGUAAAUGUAUUUCCUCAUGAAUGCCAUACAUAGGCUGUGUGCUGUAAAAACUCAAAAGUCUGUUUGAGUCCCGCUGACUUGAAGGCUUUAGGGCAGUCUGUAGUGGGACCUCUCUCCUCCAGCCAUGAACAAACAAACGCACCAGAGGCAGGUCAACACUUUCCUCCAUUUACAUGAAGACCAGCAACUCUUUAACUCUGAACAACUGAAUGAGGCUGGCUAUGAUAAAAAAAAGAACAUUCUGAAGGAAAAAUGAGUUGAAUGAAUUGUUGCUUAAACCAUCACCAUAUUCUAUAGGUUUUAACAGUCUUAAUGAGCCAUCAUGAUGAGCUGGAAUGUGAAUCAAAUCAUAGUAAACCCUACGGUCAUCUUGUGCUUUUAAAAGUUUCACUUGAUACUAAUCUUGCAACUGCUUGUCACGAUGGCUGGCUGGCAGUUAGACCCAAAUGCAAAACUCAGACCACGGGAGAAAAUUAACGAUUUAUUGUAAGUGGGAGAAAGGGCAGGGCUGAGGGUACCGGUAGCGGAGAAUCCGGGGGAAUGCUGUACUGACGAGACAGGACUAGAGCUGGCAGAGGUAUGAACCGAGUCUCAAGAAAACAGACCAAACCAAGUUACUGCCAGAAUUCGAUGAAUAGACUCAGGGGCGUCGUUAGACGUGCCCCAGUAUAAAUCAGCUGUGCCCCAGUAAAAUAAAAAAUUUGAGUUGUAACAAUUUACUUUAUUAGUGAGUGCAUUCAUUUAUAUUGAUAAUCCUGGAAA